UACGUGGUAAGAAAUAAUUUAGUUACCCUGGAACUGUUACAAAGUCAAGACUAACAUCUUAAUAUAUCCACAUUGCAUUAGUUUUCAGCUUCAUAAUGUCUCAAUCAGGGAAACUUAUUAACUUUCUGGUCCUUCAGUUUGUGGUAUUAAGUCAUGGAGACCAACAUUGUAGUACACCCCUUGGAAUGGAAGAUGGUACUAUACCAGACAACAUGAUCACUUCAUCUAGCUGGUUUGAUGAGCAAUCCGGCCCAAGCGCUGCACGUCUAAAUGGUGAUGGUGGUUGGGCUUCUUACCGCAAGCUGUCAGAUCAGUGGGUACAGGUGGAUCUCAACACCCCUCGCCUCAUCACUGGCAUUGUAACUCAAGGAAAUGCUGUAUACAAUGAGUUUGUGAUGAGCUACUAUGUUCAUUAUAGUAUGGAUGGUAAACAAUGGAAGACUAUACGGGAUUCAUAUCAAAACGCUAAGUUAUUUGACGGUAACCUGGACCAUGAUACACCAGUUCAAGCUAUUUUCAUCAAAGGUGUACGUGCCCGUUUUAUUCGGAUCCAACCGUAUGUGUUUCACGGUCAUCCCAGUAUGCGAUUUGAACUUCUCGGUUGUGUAAACAAAACUCAAUCAUGCUGGUCCUACCCAUGUAAAAAUGGUGCAGCAUGUUCUGAAGUUGGAAAUGACUUUGAAUGUACGUGUUUACCUGGUUUCAUUGGUAAAACAUGUAAAAAAGAAUAUUGCUCAACACCUCUUGGACUGGAGAGUGAAUCAAUACCUGAUAGUCAAUUGUCAGCAUCAUCAUAUUGGUCUGGUGAAGGUACAGCAACAUAUGGAAGACUAAAUGCCUAUGGAUGGGCUGCUGCAUCAGAAAGGAAAUAUGAAUGGUUUGGUGUGGACCUAGGGCACCCAAAGUAUAUAAGUGGCAUCAUCACCCAGGGUCAUUCAUACUGGCCUGAGUGGACAACUAGUUAUAACGUUUUAGUUAGUAAUGACAGUGACACAUGGACAACCAUCUCAAAUGGUACAAGUGGAGAACCUCAGAUAUUUAAAGCGAAUGUUGACAAAAACAGUCAAGUCAAAAACUUCUUUACCGACAUUGUUAUGACAAGAUAUGUGCGCAUUCGCAUCGAAGAAUUCAAAAGUCAUCCAAGUCUCAGGUUGGAAAUUCUGGGGUGCGAAGACCCUGAUGCUUUCGUUUUAGCGACCUAUAAACCAACAACCCGACCAUUGACAACUUCAUCGUCAGAAGGUCACAAUUAUGUGCAAGAGCCAUGUAACAAUUAUCCGUGCGAGAACGGAGGAACUUGCCAGCCAAUCGGUUCCACUAGCUUCUCCUGUCAGUGUCCUGAUGGCUUUACUGGUUACGUGUGUCAGGACGGGCCCGGAGCCUGUGAGUCUAACCCUUGUUUGAAUAGUGGUUGGUGUACAGAGCAAGGAACAAGUUUCAAAUGUGCGUGUCUUGCUGGCUUCACUGGCAAACGGUGUCAGAAAGAUACAUGUGUUGAUGAACUUGGAAUGGAUAAGGGAACUAUUCCUGAUAGCGCCAUCACAGCCUCAAGUUAUGUAGAUUCAUCCCGUCCUUCAGAUGCAAGACCUAAAGGGUUCGGGUGGAUGCCGAGCUCAAGCGAUUAUGACUCGUAUAUCCAGGUUGAUCUUUCCGACACAAAGAAUGUAUCGGCUGUCGUUCUCAUGGAUUACCCACAGUGGUCUAUUGUUGUCACAGAAUUUCAGAUAUCUUACAGUACUGAUGGCGUUAAUUGGCAAUUUGUGACAGGAAAUAAUGGUGAACCAUUGGAUCUGCUUGGUCUUGAAUAUGGCACAGAAAUUCUCCAGAUCCAUAUGUAUGACCCAUUAACCACCCGUUACAUUCGAAUACAUCCUACAAAGUGGAUAGGUUACCAGGCUGGAAUGCGAUUUGAGUUGCUUGGAUGUGAACUCAGUAACACACCUUCUAUUGUCAACGAUCUCCCACCUAUAACACCAGCAACAGCAACAACGAUACCACGUGACGGGAUAGCGUUUUUAUACGGCUUAACUAAUCCAAUUAGUAAUGACCAAGAUACAGCACAGGUUGUACGUUUCGAUUAUAAAUACUUUGAUUACGGAGAUAGUUACGAACCAUCAACCGGUGUUUUCACCAGUACAAUUCCAGGCAUGUACCACGUCUUCGUCUCUGCGACAAGUACAAACCCUUAUCUUCCACCAAUCCUGACAGUCAUGCAUAACAAUAAGCCGCUGAAUGACCAGCUCAGUUCCAAACCUUCCUCCGAUGGACUGCUAAGGGGAGAGCUUGGUAUUGUAAUUCGUCUUGAUAAGGGUGAUAGGGUCUGGGUAGAAAUACCAGCAGGAACAUCUUUGAAGGGAGACAUUGUCAACUCUUCAUUAGCGAUGCAGCUACUUUCGCAAACAAAUUAAAAAGUUAAGUGGCAGCGAUUCGUUGAAUACCGUAAAACCUCGAAUAGAAGCCCAACAGGCUUAAUAUCGAGAAAAGAAGCCCAUCCGAAGUUCACAAAAAAAA